CUCUCGUUUCGGUGAAUCCGUCUUUGAAGUCUCACUGAGGAGAAAACCCCUCAGAAACGUCCCGUUGGUUUCGCACGGUCGCGUUAUUAAAGCACUCGCGCUCAGUCUCGCGUCGUGACUGUUUUCGUUUACCUUUAAAUGGAAAACGUUUGUGCGAGAAGGUGAUUGGACCGUUUGUCUGUCAAUCACGCAGGAUGGGGCGGAACCUUCGCGCCGCCGUUACUGACGGGGAACAUCAGCAGUAGAGCGACACUCGUCGAGGGCACAACAGAACCGAGAUGUGGAGCAGAAAUGGACUUUAGGGCAGAAUAAUGUUGAUCUGGUGAGCCGCUGACAGGAGUUCGUGCCGCACCGACCGUGUGUGUUUUUACUGAAGAGGAUCGCGCCCGAUGUUACCGGAAGCGGGGGAGGGAAGAGCCGCAGCGACGCGCUAUUUUUAUCACUUUGUAUUAUUUGGACUCGACAUGAGCUAAAGGACCUUCACAGACUGUGUGCCUGACAACACUGACACGGAUAAACGGCCGUUAACGGAGACAGUCGAGGUCGUGAAGGAUCCGGGCAAUCCUAUGCCAUGGAUUUAAAAACGGCUGUUUUCAACGCUGCCCGAGACGGCAAACUGAGACUCCUCCAGAAACUGUUAGAGAACAAGAGCGAUCACGAUGUGAUGAAGCUGAUGGCGGAGAAGACGAACGGAGCGACGCCGCUGCUGAUGGCUGCUCGGUACGGUCACCUGGAGCUGCUGGAGUACCUGAUCGAGUGCUGCUGCGCACCUGUGGAGGUGGGAGGAUCGGUGAACUUCGACGGGGAGAUCAUCGAGGGAGCGCCGCCGCUGUGGGCCGCCUCGGCCGCCGGACACCUGAAGGUCGUGCAGUCUCUGCUGGGACACGGCGCUUCUGUGAACAAUACCACUCUCACCAACUCCACGCCGCUGAGAGCCGCCUGCUUCGACGGACACCUGGACAUCGUCAGAUACCUGGUGGAGCACAAGGCAGAUCUGGAGGUGGCCAACAGACACGGACACACCUGCCUCAUGAUAUCAUGUUAUAAAGGACACAAGGAGAUCGCACAGUACCUGCUGGAGAAAGGAGCCGAUGUCAACCGGAAAAGUGUGAAAGGGAACACGGCUCUACACGACUGCGCUGAGUCCGGGAGCUUGGAGAUCAUGAAGAUGCUCCUGAAGUACGGCUCCAGCAUGGAGAAGGACGGAUACGGGAUGACGCCGCUGCUCUCCGCCAGCGUGACGGGACACACCAACAUCGUGGAUUUCCUCACGCAGCACCCUCAGACCAGCAGAACGGAGCGCAUCAACGCUCUGGAGCUGCUGGGGGCCACGUUCGUGGAUAAGAAGAGAGACCUGCUGGGAGCGCUGAAGUACUGGAAGAGAGCCAUGGACCUGCGGCACAGCGAGCCCAACCACGGGCUCCUGAAGGACGAGCCCAAGCAGCUGGAGCCGGCCUACGAUUACAGCAAGGAGGUGAACUCCUUCGAGGAGCUGGACGGCCUGAUCGCUGACCCCGACGACAUGCGCAUGCAAGCGCUGCUGAUCCGAGAACGCAUCCUCGGGCCCUCGCACCCCGACACGUCCUACUACAUCCGCUACCGGGGAGCCGUGUACGCCGACUCGGGCAACUUCGAGCGCUGCAUCAAGCUGUGGAAGUACGCUCUGGACAUGCAGCAGAGCAACCUGGACGCGCUCAGCCCCAUGACGGCCAGCAGCCUGCUGUCCUUCGCCGAGCUCUUCUCCUUCAUGCUGCAGGACCGAGCCAAGGGUCUGCUGGGGACCUGCGUGUCCUUCCAGGAGCUGAUGGAGAUCCUCAGUAAGAGCGUGCUGGAGAUCGAGCGUGCCAUCAAGCAGACGCAGCCCGGCCCCGAUCCAGCGCAGCUCAGCAAGGUGCUGUCCAUCAUCCUGCACCUCAUCUGUCUGCUGGAGAAAGUGCCGUGCACUGUGGAGCAGGACCACUUCAAGAAAGAGACCAUCUACAGGUUCCUGAAGCUGCAGGCCUGUGGGAAGAACGGCUUCAGUCCGCUGCACCUGGCCGUGGACAGGAACACCACCUGUGUGGGCCGCUACCCCGUCUGCAAGUUCCCCUCCUUCCAGGUCACAUCUAUCCUGCUGGAGUGUGGUGCUGAUGUGAACUGCAGAGACCAGGAUGACAACAGCCCUCUGCAUGUGGCUGCGUCCAACAACCACCCCGACAUCAUGAAGCUGCUGAUCUCCUGCGGCACACACUUCGACAGCACCAACUCCCUCAAACAGACGGCCUGCGACCUGCUGGACCAGAAGGAGCUGGCCAAGAACCUGAUCCAGCCCAUCAACCACACCACGCUGCAGUGUCUGGCGGCGCGCUCCAUCAUCAGACACGGCCUGGUGUACCACGGGAACAUCCCCGAGCGGCUGGAGGCCUUCGUGCUGCUGCACAGAUAGUGACGGACAUCGUUUCAGCUGAGUCUCGUGCUGCAGGUUCACAUCUCCUUUGCUUUCUCUAUGCCGAGACGGUAGGAU